AUGGAGCAAAUAGAGGCAGCCAUUUCCCAGAAGAUGAAGAAAUCUGGGAGUCUAAAUGAGAAGCAGAUGGAAAAAAUGGAGGGAGUGGGGAAGGAUCUUACUGUGGACAGAGGACAGAGGGAGGACAUCCUCAGGUGGUUUGUGGAGACUCAGGCCGUGUCAGUGCUGUUUGAUGGAAGUUUUCCACCCUGGUUCCAAGGCUUCAUCUCCAGGCAGGAGGCAGAAGAUAAGCUCAGAGACAAGAGUGUUGGUUGCUUCCUUAUCAGACUCAGUGAAAAAGCCAUUGGAUAUAUUCUUUCAUACAAAGGACAUGAUCGUUGUCGCCAUUUUGUCAUAAAUCAAACCAAAACUGGCCAGUUCGUUGUUUCUGGUGAUUCCAUCCCUCAUAGUGGUCUCACAGAGCUGAUAUAUCACUUUAAAACCACACCCAUCCAGCCUUUUGGAGAGUACCUCACUUCCUACAACACAGACUCCGUGGGAGAGGACCCCACAAAUGAGCUUUAUGAUGUGGUUCAAAGUAAGCCCAUUGUUAACUUAGGAGUGAGUGUUAAGGCUUUAAGAAGUUUAUGGGAACAAACAUGCGAUGUUGCUCAUGGAACGCCUCCUGUUCUGUCCACUAAAAGUGGCCGCAAGCUCACUACUUGCACCUCUUUUGACAGGAACAGCCUCUCACAGGACACAAAGAAUCCACCUGUGCCAAAGAAAACUGCACCACUUCGGAAUUCUUUAAGUGCUGGCUUUGCUGGUACACAUCCUUCACAUGAACAACACAGCUUUUCUGAACCAAAGACAUCUGGAAGGUCAGGGGUUGAUGAGACAGUUAAUGGCAGGAGAAGAAGUAAUCUCUGGGAUACUGAGGGUUCCAACUCUCAGCUGAAGUGGACAGAGAACAGCUACAUCCCUACUACAUCUAUAAAAACAACCCCCAAAAAAGAAAACUGGAAUAGGUCGCUCCUUUUCCAGGAUGAAAAUACUGAAGAGCCACAGUCUCUGACCAAUAACCCCUGUAACCCUAUGCCCUCUUCCACUUCACAACCUCCCUUACUUCCACCCAACACAGCCUUCAGCUCUUACGCUGUACUUGACUUUAAAAAGCCCCAUAAUGGGGCAGGCCAAUUGCCUUAUACUGGGCAGGUAGCGCUACAACCCAAUUCACUCUACCAGACAUCCUCCGGCAUGUGUGCUGGGCAGGAGGACCAGCCUGAGCCAGAUUGUAACAUCCAUGCAAAGACCAUCUACAAUACCCUUUUAGUUGAAAACCCCUACCAAGUCAUACCUGACCAAUGUGACAACGACAGCUAUGAGCACAUCCCUGAAAUACAAGAGAACAAUACCUAUGAGGAUAUCCCAGGGAUAGUUAGCGACACCUAUGCAAGUUUGGAGGAGAUUCAACCACACAGAGAGAACACCUGGGGAAAGAAGAAUCAGAAGUGGUGGAAAUUCCGUCCAGAGAGCUGGAAAAAGUAAGAAUACUAUGGUCGUCAUAGUAUUUUAUGGGCUGCUACAGUUCUAGGUGAAUGCAAAAGUUAAGAAAAAAUAUUUGUAUAAUUGUUUUAAUACAUUUUGUUCUGCUAUACAUGUUCAGAGAUUCAAAGUCAUUAUUUUAAUGUUAGUGUAUGUAUUACAUAACUGUCCAUCAGACAGUAAAGCUUCCAUUGUUAUGACAUGCUGAAAAUUGUUGAUGCAAAUACAGUGGUUCAAAGUGAUGAUUAUGAUAAAAUAUAUUUUUAUAUGAUAUUUAAAUAACUUCUCUGAUCAUAUAUUUUAUUUAUAUUAUUAUUACUAUUGCAUUUCCUGCUGUUUUUUUUUCAGGACCUUGUCUUUCUACUCACUUAAGACUGGACGUGUAAUUUAGUUUUGUGUGUACUGAAUUCUUAGGCUGUCAGCUUUAAAUGUACAGUUUCUGAUACAAUAGAAUACACUGGA